UAGGUGGCGAUGCUGGAAAACGGUUCUUUAACAGUAGCUGCCCUUUAUUUACUUUUUAAACCCUGGUUGACUCGGCUAAAGAAGAGUUUUUUAAUCAAAUAAGUGAGCAGGGCUCUGCGAGGUCUUGCGGCAUGCAGAGUCUAUCCGUGCAGGCGCUAACCCUGCGACAGCUGGGACGACUGAACUCCCUCCAGCUGCUGUCGCCGUGGUGCCCACGGACGCUGCACGCCCGCCAGCUGUGGGGCUCGGCCGCCCCUUUGGCCCAGCGGUCAGCGGCACUGACCAAACCGUGGGACGGCCCACGGAGCUGGAUGCUCCAGCAGACGCGGCUCAAGAGCUCCAGAAAGAAAGGCAGGCACGGAGCCGCUCAGGAGGAAGUGGAGGAGGAUGAAGAUGACGAGGAGGCUAGCGACUACGAGGAUGAACUUCAGGAUGACCCCGGCCUGCCUAAAGACUACAAAGACUGUGAGAAAGUAGUUCAGUCCUUCCGGUUUGACCUCAUUAUGAAGGCAGGGCUGGACAUCCCUAGACAUAAAAUUGAGGACUCUUUCUACGACAACAAGCUGAGACUGAACGGACAGAAGCUCGUAAAGAAGAAUAAAAUUGUAAAAGUGGGAGACACGCUGGACCUGAUCAUGGGAGAAGACAAGGAGCUGGACACGGUCACACUAAAGAGAGUCAUUUUGAAGAAAGUGUUGGGGGAAACAAAGGACGGAGACAAACAGAAGAUCAUAGUGAGGAGCUGGAAACAUCUUCGACUUCCCAAACAGGAGACCUACAAGGAAUAAAAGUCGCUUGUGAACAGAUUUUUGGGUUGGGGCAGUUAAAAUGAAUUUUCGUACCAUUUUUUCACUCAUGUAUGAAAUUAGUAUGAAAGGACAUGAGGACAUUCUUUACCAGCAGUAUUGUGUUUUUCAACAUAAGCUUAAUCUUCCAGUUGCCUUGUUACAGAGUUUCUCACAAAUCUGCAACUUUACCAGACGUUUUAGGCUCUUCUGUUCCUAAUAUAAUGCAGAAAUCUGACCAUGGAAACUGUAUAGGUGCAUUUAUGGCUCACAGAUACUAGUGUUGGCUUAUUUGUUUUGAAGGGGGAUGUUUUUGCUACUAAUAUUAUCUAAUACCUCUAAUAGAGCCUUCGAUAAGGCUUGUGGAAAAGGUCUUAGUUCUUCUACUGCUAUUUUUGAGAGAGUGCCAUUACUUAUCUCCUAGACGGCUUAUUAAAGUGGGCUUAUCGUGGCUGUUUGUGUAACUCCUAAUUCUACUUUAUGAACAUGGUCAGAAUGAUUUGCAUGGCUUGUAACCUGUUCGUUACUUAUUAAUACCAUUUUGAUCUGCACUUGAAUAGCCGGAUUAAUUAACUAGAGGUGAGACACGUCAGAAAACUGAGCUGUUUCACUGGGAAAAGAAAAAAAAACAUUUUAGCUAC